ACAAAUAAUCGAUAGGCGAUAGAGUGGUGAGGGAUGAGUUGGAGGAUAAGUUGCAGGGUUUGGAUGAAGUGGACUUAUUUAUGAAACUCAUCAGUGAUAUCACUAAUGAACUCGAUAUCAAUACUCUUUGCCACAAGAUCUUAGUAAAUGUCAGUAUAUUGACGAAUAGCGACAGAGGGUCUCUAUUCCUGGCCAAAGGCAGUCGAGAUAACCGCUAUUUGGAGGCAAAACUAUUUGAUGUCACGUCAGACAGUCUCCUAAAGGAUGCGUUGAGUGCCGCACAACUUCACACACACCUUCCCCUCCCUUUCGGAAGUGGAAUCGCAGGACAUGUGGCCCUCACUAAGGAAAACGUCAACAUUACAGAUGCUUAUCAGAUGUGCCAGCCCAUAUUGAACUUCAGUGGGGAUGUGAUAGGAGUGGCCCAAUGUAUCAAUAAAAACAGCCAUUCAUUGCAACAAUCGUUUACUAAACGCGAUGAACAGGUCUCCAAAACGCCCAGUUGUUUGAAAUCAAGAUCCAUAUUCCAAGAGACAUCCUCUUUGGACGCCUUAAUAAACAAGAUUAUGAUCAAAGCCCAGGGACUUCUUCACAGUGAUAAAUGCCGCGUCUAUUUGGUGGACAUCGAAGGCCAACAAUUUCAGGAAAUAGAGAGACCCGGAAUAGUUUGUGACAACGAUUGCGUGCUUUCGGUUCCCAUUUUCAACAACGAGUCCAAAGUGAUAGGAGUGUCACAACUGGUCAAAAUCAAAGGACACCAAUUCAAUGACGUCGACAUCUCCACUCUCGAGUCCAAAGUGAUAGGAGUGUCACAACUGGUCAAAAUCAAAGGACACCAAUUCAAUGACGUCGACAUCUCCACUCUCGAGUCCAAAGUGAUAGGAGUGUCACAACUGGUCAAAAUCAAAGGACACCAAUUCAAUGACGUCGACAUCUCCACUCUCGAGGCACUCAAACUGACGGCCAAACAGAAAGUAGCGCUCGAAGUGCUCUCAUAUCACGCCUCGGCCUCAAUCGAUGAAACAAAAAUACUUAUGGGACACCUGUUCUGCAACUCUUAG